UCUAUCUAUCUAUCUAUCGUCUUCUUCACAAGCUGAUGACUAUGUAGUGCCACACUGAGCUCUGUAUUUAGACAACACCUCACCUCAUACAUUUCUUCAAUUCUCUAUCUAUUUCUUGAUCAUUCAUCACAUCUUCUCUUCUGUAUUCAAUGGGGAGGUUGAGAAGAUUGAAGCUUUGAUUCAUCAAUCAAAAUUGAAAUUUUUAAUUACUCCCCAAUAAAUAAAUAAAUAAAUAAAUAAAGACUUAAAUUUUUUUCUCCAUCUUCUCUUGGAGGUUUCAACAAUGGUGUCCCAAGGUGAUGAGGUGGAAUCUCCAUUGUUGCACAAGGAGUUCAAGGAGCUGGGAAGAUUACAGAGCUCAAUUUACAAUCUUACCCUUGAUGAAUUCCAGAACAGAGGCGGCAAGAGUUUCGGAUCCAUGAACAUGGACGAAUUCCUCACCAGCAUAUGGAGCCAUGAGAAUAAUAAUAAGGAAGAGGAAGGCGGUUCUUUCGCAAUCCCGGAGCCGCUUUGCCGGAAAACGGUGGACGAGGUUUGGUCGGAAAUUCAAGAAACAGAGCAACCCGCCGACGGAAACAGGGGAUCGACGGUGGCUGUUCGUCGUCGGGAAUCUAAUCAGGCGAGUAAUUACAGAGAGAUGACGCUGGAGGAGUUCUUGGUCAAAGCCGGUGUAGUCAGGGACAGAGAUUCGUUUCGGAGCGGCAAUGAUCUCGCCGGCGGAGAUUACGAUUUGGGGUCGCCGCAGUGUUGCACGGGGAGCAUCCGCAGGAAUAGUUAUUUUCUGCAACAGGGUGUUGGUUACGGCGGUGGCCGUGGGGGAGCGGUGGUAAGUCCGGUUUCGUCCGAGGGCCACUGCGGGAGCCGGCAUGGAUCGGAGGUAGGUGGCAGAGUAAGCCGGAAGAGGGUCGUCGAUGGGCCGGAGGAGGUGGUGGUGGCGCGGAGGCAGAGAAGGAUGAUCAAAAAUAGGGAAUCGGCAGCCCGGUCCAGAGCAAGAAAGCAGGCUUACACAGAGGAGCUUGAAGCAGAAGUGAAUCAUUUGAGAGAAGAAAACAGUCAGCUAAGGCUAGCCCUGGAAGAGUUGGAAAACAACAUAAACCAAGAGGAAUGUAGUGUGAAAUGAACUCAUGAUGAGUUUUGGUUGCUUGAAGAAUGUUAUAAAAAUGGUGGCUGUCAGAAUUUUACAGUAAUGGCGGCGGCGGCCAAUGAAGAAGUGAAGAGGAC